AUGUCAAACUUAGCUGGUUUUGAGGAUUGUUCACGUCCAGAUCCUCCACUUGCUGCUUGGCUGAUAGGAGAGGAACUUCCUCUGAACACACUGCGAACGUUCGAUCAUAAUGGGCAAUUUUCCACAAAACAAUACGAUUCGCAAGGAACCUGGGUUAAUGGUCCCGUGGGAACUGUCGGAGAGCAAGGUGAGAGAGGGCCCGAAGGAAUCACGGGGAGUCAAGGAGACCUCGGUGAGAGAGGCAAGCCCGGUCCGAAAGGCGUGAAGGGUGUCUACGGCCCCGUUGGACCUAUCGGGCCUGCUGGACGUAAGGGUGAAAAGGGCGUACCCGGCCUGGAGGGGCCACGUGGUCCAGUUGGUCCACAGGGACCUCGUGGUUCUGCUGGUCCUACAGGUGAUACUGGACCUACAGGUCCACAAGGGCCAGAGGGUCCGGAAGGUCCAGUCGGCUACACGGGAGCACCAGGUUUACCUGGUCCACAAGGUCCAAAGGGUAGUCAUGGGCCGAUAGGCCCUCCUGGGCCACCCGGUUCAAUAAAAAUCGUGGACGUGAGCGAAGGUUACUAUCGAUUCGAGGAUGCUCCAAGAGUGAAACGAAGCGCAGUCAGUGGACUGUCGAAACAGGAUCCUGCAGAUGAGACCAUUGCUCCAAGCAACGUCCCCUCCAUUGGUGCAGUCCUCCGUAGAGUCUACCAGCGCAUUGAAAGUUUGGAGAAUGCGCUAAAUAUGUUCGACCGACCGGCGGGCACCAAACGUCACCCAGCUAGGCACUGCCGUGAUAUCCUCAGUUCAGCUGAAUAUCCAGAGGCGUUGAAGUCUGGUCGAUGCACUUGUCGUCGAAUGUCGUUUCAAGGACCAAGGAAAAAAGCCCAGACAUGCAUUCAACCAUCGGCGGACACGCAGACCAUGUCACUCACUCAGUUUAAAAAGACUGAAAGAGAAGACGAAUGGUGGCUGUCAAGUCUGAAAACGCAAUUACCUUCACAAAAUUACACCAGACCGCAAUUUUACUACGCUCCGCACAAUCAACUGCGUUAUCUGCAUCUGUUGCGUCAAAAGGCCGAACAAUCGGUGACACUGCUGUGUCGGAACACCGCCGUCUAUUUUGAUAGUGUGCAAAAGAAUAACAAUGCCGCUGUGAAAGCGAGACUAUUUAACGGGCAGGACCUCAACACAUACGUGGACAGACGAAUACGUGCCCUCAGUGGAAACACUAUGUUGGAAGUGAAGGUCCGCUACGAAUGUAUGGAGCGGAAUCCUCAGAAAGCCAGUAGCGUUUUUGAAUUCUCCGCUCGGGAACCCGAUAUGCUGCCUAUACUGGAUUUGCAACUCAGAGAGUUUGGGGGUAAAGAACAAGAGAUUGGGUACUACGUGGACUCCGUGUGCUUCAGCUGA